AGUACUUCCGCUGUCUUCAUCCCACGUGACCUUUAUGUCCUUGAUUCGCUAACUUUGACAUGUGAGCGACAAAAAACAUGUCUUGCACUAAAAAAACCGGCGGCAAAGCGUUGGAUGUUUUGCAGAAUCUGCCGAGAAUCACUUUAGCGAACCUGCGACCGGAACCAGGAUCCAAGAAGUUGGAAAAACGGAGGGGCAGAGGACAGCACGGAGGCAACAAGAGCGGUCGAGGUCACAAAGGAUCACGGCAGAGGGGGACCAGACCCCGGCUGGGCUUCGAGGGGGGGCAGACUCCAUUUUAUUUGAUCAUACCAAAAUACGGUUUCAAUGAAGGACACAGUCUGCGUCCACAGUACCAUCCUCUGACUCUGAAACGGCUCCAGUACCUGAUCGAUCUGGGCCGAGUCGACCCAACUCAGCCUAUAGACCUGACCCAGCUGGUCAAUGCCAGAGGUGUGACGAUCCAACCUAUGAAGAGGGACUACGGAGUCCAGCUUGUCGAUGAGGGAGCCGACAUUUUUGCAGCGAAAAUCAACAUCGAGGUUCAGAGAGCGUCCGAAGGAGCCAUAGCUGCUAUUGAACGGAACGGAGGCGUCAUCACGACCAGUUUCUACGAUCCCAUAAGUCUUGGGAUCCUCAUCAAACCUAUCGCGUUCUUCAUGAGGGGACAACCGAUCCCGAAGCGAAUGCUGCCCGGGGAGAACAUGGUCCCGUACUACGUCAGUGCUGAAAACCGAGGUUAUUUAGCCGAUGCGGAAGAAAUCCAGCAGGCCCGGCAUGCCCUGGCACAGAAGUACGGCUAUGUGUUGCCAGAUAUUUCAAAGGAUGAACUGUUUCACAUGCUGGCCAUGAGGAAGGAUGUUCGACAGCUCUUCUUUGGCCUUUCUCCAGGCUGGGUUGUUAACAUGCCGGAAAAGAAGAUCCUGAAACCGACUGAUGAGAAACUGUUAAAAUAUUACAGUUCAUAGGUGAGAGUCCCUGUUUGUUAGUGCGACUUGAAUGCGCUACAUUGCUAUUUUAUUUUCUGAAACAGUACUGAGGGUA